UGGGCUGUCAGAGUGCCUGCAAGAAGAUUCAAGAGUGGCAAGUGUGUUCAGUAAUUGCAUUUCCAUGACGUUUGUGCUGAUGUGACUGCAGGGAUGUCUCUACCGUUGGUAGUUUUUCUCAGUGCCAUUGUGCUUCACUCUGUGUCCGCUGGAGGUGUGUAUUGUGCUAAAACAGCCAGAGCCCGAGCAGCUGCCCUGGGUUUGAAUUAUCCUGGAGUCCAUGGAGCCCCGGGUCUCUAUGGACCACCACACCAUGGGUUGCCCCCCAGCACGAUGCCGUUCAGACCGCAACCAUACAACAAUUAUCAACAAUUUGUUAGGACUGAAUCAAAUAUGGUCCCCUACAGACAAAGUCAACCAGAUGUGAGAUCCCUCUACUACAAAACACCUAAACAAGUUCACCCCAGGAGAUGGCAUCGCACUCAUAGUCCAGUACAAAGUGACUACACCCCCAACAAAGUGCUUGGCCUUCCCAGAGGAUGGUCGGAUAGUAACCGCAAGUAUAAUUUUGAGGUCAAGCAUGUUGCCCCUCUAACUCAGGCUCAAGCCCCAGGCCAGCCUGAGCUUGUGAAUUGGCCUCCUAAAGUUCACCACAAGCUGCGCUCAUUUGUCCACAGUGAGCAUGACUUUGGCAUUGACGAGUCUUUGCCAAAUAGACGUGGAAUGCCCCAAAGCAGGGGUCAUGUUGCUUACCAGAGGGGUGUAACUGGUUAUGUCCUGGGAAGAGGAGCUCCUGCCCUUAGUUCAUCUGGCAUGAUCAACAAAGGUAACCUCAGACCAAUGAAAAGCUGAUGUCCUACUGUUGGUAGGCCAAAAAGUAUUAGGUUCCAUCUUCCUCAACCCCCUGGACAGACGCCCCGGUGUCAAACUGAGGCGUUAGCAUUUUCAAGGUCUCCCUGUUCAAACAUCUGUGUUGCAAAGCUAUAUCCGGUUUAGUUCUGUGUCAAAUAGUGUUCCUGUGAAGAGUUCUGAAAUCUAACAAGCAAGCAUUUUGUGAAGGGGAAAGACUAUGUUAUGGGAUUUUAUUUUGUUUUUCUCUUAACCUUUACUGACACAAGCAAUGUCGAUCGUUUGCUGUACAAGCUCAUGUAUUACUUCCUCACCUGUAGCUCUGAAACAUGUCAAACUGCACAUUGGCUCUUGAAAAUAAAAUUGCUAAUGGUUAUAUUUCUCA